AUGGAUAUCGAUCAAAGCAAAUAUUACAUUGAAAGCGAGCAGAUUCCUGAAGAUGACAAUGCAUCUUCUAUCGUAUCGGUGAAAAUCGAAGAUUUACCAGAUACAUCGAAAGAUGAUGAACUUGAUCCGCUUGUCUUGAGAGUGAAGGAAACAAUAAAAGACUCAGAAGCAAAGGAAAGAUUUGAUGGACUCUCUUUUGAUGUUUAUUCACAAGUUUCUCCACCAUCUGUUGAUCAGUUCCUACGUAACUACUUACAAAACAAUGGACUUUUUGAAACUCUCAACGUUUUCCAGGCAGAAUGGUUCAAGUUUAUGCAUAAAGGUUUAUUGAAUAUAGAAGCUGCCCCUGUUCCUGAUAUUUAUAUACAGAACGAUGAGCUAAGAAAUAUAAUAAGUGAUGUAAGAUCGGAAAAUCUAGCUUUGAAGGAUUCAAUUUUGAAGCUAGAUGAUGAAUUGAAAAAAGUUAAGAAUGAACGAGAUUAUCACAUGAUCAAGCACAGACAAACGUUACAAGAUAAGGAGAAGCUACACUGUGACAUAAAAAGAGUAAAAGAACAUUAUGCUGAAUAUGAGCCCAUCUUAAGAUUAUUAAGACAAAAAUAUGAAACAGCAAUGAAAGAGAAAACAUUACAUAGAAUUGAACGGGAUAGAGCUAUGAACCAAGUAGAAGGACUUCGACAUGCUUUAAAUUCAUUGCAAAAAUUAGGUAUAACGUCUGAUGAUGCCAACGAUAUUGAAAAUGUUUAUUUGGAUAAUAAAAAAACCGAGAAAAGGUUGGAAAAUACAACAAGUAAACAGAGUAAAAAAAAAACUGACCAAAAGUGUGAGAAGAAUUUUGUGAGGUCAGAAAAGUCUAAUACCCAAGAUAAGCUGAGAAAUAAUUUGAAAAGGAUUGGAUUUUGUGAUUUAUCGGUUGAUUAUAAAGUGAAUCCAUUGUUGGCAAAACUUACAAAUCAUUCGUAUAAAUUUACACGAUUAGAUAGUAGAAAAUUAGAUAUAAGUAUACAUGCUCAUAAUGCAGCUAUUAGCAAAUUAGCUAUUCAUUCAAAUAAAUCAUGGUUGUGUUCAAUUGGUGAUGAUAAAUUAUGGAAAUUAUGGAAAAUUCCAAAAUUAGAAUUAUUAAUGGAAUCUAAAUUAACAACAGCAGAUUGGAUAUCAUCAAUUGAUUUUCAUCCAAAAGAAGAAAUUUUAGCAACAGGAAUGGCUCAAGGUUCUAUUCAAAUAUGGAAAAUUGAUCUUAUCGAUGAUAAGAUACCAGAACAGAAUCACCCUAAACGUAUUGGUAUUUUACGACAACAUACUGGAGCUGUUUGGUCUAUGAAUUGGCAUUGGACUGGUACAUAUUUAGCUAGUUGCGGUAUGGAUAAUACAAUACGUCUAUGGAAUGUUGAACGCGCUGUGGAGUCAUUUAAAAUGAAUAAAGCUUUAUUAAGUACACAUUCUACAACAUCAUGUUGUACAAUACUUAGAGGGCAUAGUAAAUCAGUGAAUUCUAUUCAAUUUUUGCCAUAUGGAAAUAUUUUAGUUACUGGUUCAUCAGACAAAACAGUGUGUUUAUGGGAUGGUCGUUCGGGUUUAUGUGAACAUACAUUUCUUGGUCAUACACAUUCAAUCAAUGGUGCUAUAUUUAAUCAACAAGGUACUAAUGUCAUAUCAUGUGAUAGUGGAGGUUUUAUUCGUUUAUGGGAUCUUCGUAAAAUGGAUCAUUUUUCAUUGGAAAUUAAUUUGCCUACAGUUAAAAUGAAAAUGCAUAAUCAUGAUAAUAAUCCUAAUAUAGGGGAGAUGAAAUGUUUACCUAUUUGUUUUGAUUUAAAUAAAACUCGAAAAUUGGAUCGUAUCAAUCAUCAUCAACAUAACCAUCGUCAAAAUCCUACACUCCUCUUACAACAUAAACCAUUAGAACAACGUAAUAAACUUGGAAUUAAUCAAUUGGUUAUUGAUUUAAGCAGUGAAUAUAUUGUUGCUGCUUGUGAUGAUGCCAAAAUUUAUUGUGUAGAAAUUUCAACGGGUCAAAUCUCUACGUUACAAGGACAUGAUGAUUCAGUUCAGUCAAUUGUACUGGAUUAUGAGUCAGGAUAUUUAUAUUCAGCGUCCAGUGAUCAGAAGGUAUGUUCAUGGAUCUGA